GACACAGUAUUUUGAGUUUUGUUCUAAAGAUUUGGACACCACAGUUUGUAACGAACCUUCAGUUACAAAAUCAUUUCCAAGGUAUAUCUUGUAUGAUGUAAACCCUCCAGAAGGUUUCAACCUUCGUCGUGAUGUAUAUAUGAGGAUGGCCAUAUUCGUCAGAAAACUGAAGAAGUUUGGGGACUGGCACCUGGUGCUGCCACCAUGGGGGCAGCUGUACCAUUGGCAGUCAACAGAUGUAGGACGACAGGAUAUGUUGCCGUGGAGUCUGUUCUUUGACAUACCGAGCUUAGAGCUGUUUGCGCCGGUCUUAGAGACACAUGAGUUCUUACGAGAGUUUGGCAAUCUGACUCUGGACGUGGUUUAUGUCCUGCAGCAUUAUAAGGACAUGUGGGAGACCAACCAGUGGGUUGAGAAGUUUGGGGUGGAGCCAUGCUAUGAGAAGCACCCCUACAGUGUUUUAGAGAAUGGGAAGUACAGAGGCUGGUUUUGGGGAUACCUCAACAUCACAGCUGCUGAGGUGCACUGCCUCUCAUUCCAUGGACGUGCCUCACACUUGCAAGGGCUUUUGCAGAACCUCACAGCUCGGGCUGUGAUGUUUGAUCACGCAGAAGUGGCUCUGCAUGAUACGUUUGGAGACGCGCUCUACUGGAAAGCUCGUCGGAGCAUGCGCUUUGCAUCUGACCUCAUGAAGCUGGCUGCAAGUUUCAGGAUGGAGUACCUCAACUCCACUGAUGAGACAGAUGGUACCAUCAGGCCAGAUGACUGGAGAGAAGAGAAGGCCCAUUCAGACGUAUCAGGUGGCCCAUACAUGUGCGUUCACCUCCGCCGCAAAGACUUCCUAUGGGGCAGACCCAAGCAGGUGCCAAGUAUCGCAGGGGCAGCACGGCAGAUAAGAGUUCAUCUUGAGCAGCUGGAUUUAACAGCUGUGUUUGUAGCGACAGAUGCACCGUCAAAAGAGUUCGAGGAACUAAAGCAACAUUUACAGGAGUACCAAGUGCUGCGAUACGAACCAUCACAAAUUGUCAAGCAGUCCUACAAGGAUGGAGGUGUGGCUAUCAUUGAGCAGAUCAUCUGUUCUCAUGCAAGAUUCUUCACUGGAACUGAUCAGUCAACAUUCUCGUUCAGAAUCCAAGAAGAGCGAGAGAUAAUGGGAUUUCCAUCAGACCACACGUUCAACAGGCUGUGUGGAGAUGAUGAGCGGGAAUGCGGUCGACCAUCCACAUGGAAAAUUGUAUUCUAAUGGAACUAUGCCAUUCUGCAUUGGCCUCCAACUUUUAAUUAUGUAGGUGGUUGAAAUUCGACCCAGAGUUUUGAUAAGGGUGUCAGUAAAUUAUUUUAUCCGCUUCAUAUUAGGCAGCCUUUUGAAGGUUCUGUCUUCCUACAUAUGUGUACGCUUUGUCAUCCCACAAAAUGAGUGCGCAGGAAUGACACUGGUCCAUUUAUUGUUUAUAAGAUAGUGUGAAUAUUCAAGGUCUAAUCCGAACCACAAAACAUGUGAAAGAAACGUACACGUCAGAGAACAGCGUGUUUAUUGCAGAUCGUAUUCAAUAUAAUAUACAUACGCA